GUCAGGCGAUUGGUGUUAUCGGCCAAUUUUUGCCCACGAGGAAGUGAGGAACAUCAUCAGCAACAGUAACACACAGAGAGAGCACAAAGAGAUGAGUGAUGAAAGCCAAGGCCUUAGCAAAAAGAGAAGAAAGCACAGUGAUUGCCACUGCCACUGCAUAUCACACGAGUUCUUCAGAGUCGCAUCCAAUCACCCUAACAAAGUCGCCGUCGUCCAUUCCCAAAUCUCCACACAACUCCGCACCAGUGGCAUCGUCGAUAACACUGACACUGAUAAGCCGCCGCUUCGUGUGAAAUCGGCGUCGCCACCUUUUUACGACGGCGACCGCCUCUUUACUUUUUCUGAUCUCCUAACCUCCGUUGAUUCGCUCACCUCUCGCCUCCGCUCCAUUCUCCUCGGUAAUGGUACUCAUAAUGAGGUGGCUGAGUGUGCUCAAAUGGCGAAAUCUUUUGUGCCAUUUGUGUCAAGUGUGGAGCGAUCAAUUGAGUAUAAGGAUAUAUAUACUCCAAAAGUGGUGGGAAUAUACAUGCCACCUUCAGUGGAAUACAUAGUUGCUGUUCUUUCUAUAUUGAGGUGUGGGGAGGCAUUCAUGCCGUUAGAUCCAUCAUGGCCAAAGGAGAGGAUCUUAUCGGUUGUUGCUUCAUCAAAUGCUGAUUUAAUUAUUGGGUGCACAUCUUCAUUUGGGAGGAGUAGCAGAUACUGGCUUGAUAGAUCACAUUGGCUAAUAGAAUGCAGCAGCUGUCCUGUCUUAUGCUAUUCCAUGGAAGAAAGCCUUCAAGAGUAUAUAUGUCCGACGGAUUUUUUAUGGCCUUGUGAAAUUGGAAAAGAAAGAUUGUUUUGUUAUUUGAUGUACACUUCUGGAUCAUCUGGAAAGCCUAAAGGCGUUUGUGGCACUGAAAAAGGUCUUAUAAAUCGCUUUAUAUGGAUGCAAGAAUUGUAUCCCCUGCACAGUGAGGAACUUUUAUUGUUCAAGACAUCGAUUAGCUUUGUUGACCAUCUGCAAGAAUUUCUUGGGGCUGUACUAACUGCUUGUACAUUGGUUAUACCUCCUUACAAGGACCUAAAAGAGAAUGUAUUUUCUGUUAUUGACUUUCUGCAGGCUUAUUCUAUUAGUAGGCUUACUGCUGUUCCAUCAUUGAUGAGGUUAAUCCUUCCUGCUUUGCAAAGUCAACGUAAUAGGGCCAUUGCUAGUUCAUUGAAAGUUUUAGUGCUAAGUGGUGAAGUUCUGCCUUUAUCCUUGUGGGAUAUGCUUUCCAAGUUUUUACCAGAGACCACCAUUUUGAAUUUAUAUGGGAGUACAGAGGUGUCUGGUGAUUGUACAUAUUUUGACUGCAAGAGGUUGCCAAUGAUUUUGGAGAUGGAGACGCUAACAAGUGUUCCGAUUGGUGUGCCUAUUUCUAACUGCGAUGUAGUUCUUGUUGGCGAAAAUGACACAUCCAAUGAGGGAGAAAUAUAUGUUGCCGGUGCAUGUGUUUCUAGUGGAUACUUUUCAGAUUCUACUCAUUCGUUUCUGGACUCUGUAAAAUUGCCUCAGAACUCCAUUUGUAGCGGUUCCAUUGGCCAUGGAAAUCAAUUUUAUUUUAGAACUGGUGAUUUUGCUAGGCGGCUCCAGAGUGGUGACUUAGUUUUCUUGGGAAGAAAAGACCGCACUGUGAAGUUUAAUGGGCAUCGUAUUGCUUUGGAGGAGAUUGAAGAUGUGUUAAGGGGACAUCCUGAAGUAGUUGAUGCUGCUGUGAUUUUAAGUAAAGGUCAAGGGGAACUUGUGGUUCUUGAAGCAUUUAUAGUCUUAAGAGAGGAAAUAUCCAGUGAAACAUUCAGAUCUUCUAUCAGAAGUUGGAUGGUUGACAAACUUCCAUUAGCAAUGCUUCCUAACCAUUUCACAAUUACAGAGUCAAUACCUGUGUCUUCUAGCGGAAAAGUUGAUUAUGAGUUGUUGGCAGGUUCAGGAUUUCUCACUAAGCAAGUUCAAGAUAAGAUUGGUGACACGGGGAGCAGUGAUCUGUUGCGCAUUAUUACGACGGCCUUUUGUGAUGCUUUAAGGGUUGAAGAGGUCUCCAAUGAUGAUGAUUUCUUUAUGAUGGGUGGUAAUUCUAUUGCUGCAGCACAUCUUUCUCACAAUUUAGGGAUUGAUAUGAGAUUGAUUUAUUACUUUUCAAGUCCAUCUAAGAUUUAUCUGGCUCUUCUAGAGAAAAAAGAACCGUGGCUUCUAGAUGUCCAAAAGGAUGAUAUUUGGGAAAUGAAAUUUGAUGAGGGUAGGAGGAGCAUUUUUCAUUCCAUUAAAUCUGAGACCGCAGAUCCUUUUCUCUUUAAACCACGGGAGGGUUUAUUGAGGACCUCUUCUGGAAAGAAUGAGAAUAAUGCUGUAGUCUCUAAACGCAUAAAGGUGGAUUCAAAUAUACAUGUUAUUGCAGAAGAUGGUAGUCCAAGGGAUGGGUAUUUAUGGAGUUCUGCUUCAGAAUUCACAUCAUGUUCUGUCAGCCGGUGCAACAAGGUCAUGUAUGAAGGGGGGAGGAAUGAUAUAUGUCAAGCAACCUGGUCUGCAAAAAUUUCAAGAGAUAGAAAAGGUUCUAUGCAAGAAUUUUGGAAAGUUCACAUGGAGUCUUGUGUUGAUGCAUCACCAAUGGUUGUAUUUAAAGACCCGGAGAUCUAUUUAUUUAUUGGAUCUCACUCGCAUAAAUUUCUGUGUGUUAAUGCCAAAAGUGGUUCUGUCCAGUGGGAGGUCAAAUUAGAGGGGCGAAUUGAAUGUUCAGCUGCAGUUCUUGCCGAUUUUUCUCAGGUUGUAGUUGGAUGCUACAAAGGCAAAAUAUAUUUUCUUGAUUUUAUGCAUGGAAACAUCUGCUGGAUUUUCCAAACGUCUGGUGAGGUGAAGUCGCAGCCAGUCGUAGAUGUACGCAGGCAAUUGAUUUGGUGUGGAUCACAUGAUCAUAACUUAUAUGCUCUUGACUACAAAAAUCGUUGCUGUGUUUAUAAGCUUUCAUGUGGUGGGAGUAUUUUUGGCUCGCCUGUAAUUAAUGAGGUGCAUGACACACUUUAUGUGGCUUCUACUAGUGGUCGUUUGACAGCUAUAUCAAUUAUGAUUUUACCAUUUAAUACUUUGUGGCUGAAAGAGUUAGAAGUGCCAGUGUUUGGGUCUCCCGCCAUCAAUUCUCUGAAUGGAAAUGUUAUUUGUUGUUUGGUGGAUGGACAUGUUAUCUCUUUGGACUCAAGUGGAUCCAUUGUCUGGAAGUAUAGAACUGCUGGUCCAAUAUUUGCUGGACCCUGCAUUUCUGCUGCUCUUCCUUCUCAGGUGCUUAUAUGUUCCAGAAAUGGAAGUAUUUAUUCACUUGAACUGGAAAAGGGAGAACUACUGUGGGAAUACAAUAUUGGAGAUCCAAUUACUGCAUCUGCUUAUGUUGAUGAGCACUUACGGUUGAUAUCUGAUUCUUCCCGUUCAUCUGACAGGUUAAUUUGUGUCUGUUCCAGUUCUGGAAGUGUAUGUUUGCUUCGAGUUAACUUGGAGGUCAACAGAGAGACGAGUCAACUAGGAAUAGAUGUGCAGGAAUUCGCUAGGUUGGACCUCCAGGGAGACAUAUUCUCUUCACCUGUAAUGAUUGGUGGCAGAAUUUUUGUUGGUUGCAGGGAUGAUUAUGUGCACUGCAUUGUUGUUGAAAUUCAAAGUCUAUUGCAAUCAUAGAGCUUAUUUGUGUGGC